AUGAAUUCUGCUAAUGCUGACUGUCCAUUCAAUAUCACAGACGAAUUCUAUACGUCUUCGCAGCUUUCAAAAGGAUUCUAUCUUCUAUCGAUCUUAAACUUGGUCAUCGACAGCUGUUUGCCUGUAAUUUCUGUUGGAGGCAGCACCUUAUUGAUCUUGGCCAUCUUCAAGUUCCCCCAUCUUCGUGAAGUACCCAGCAAUCUUCUCCUCACAUCACAAGCAGUUUGUGAUUUACUAAUUGGAGUUUUUGCUCAGCCGUUGAUCGCCGUAAGACUAGCAAGUCGACUUUUCGGCUUUGCUGACUGCUUAUUGCAACAAAACUUUCUGAACGCGCUCGGAAUGUACGUGACUCACUUCUUGUUGUAUUCGUCUUGUCUGAAUCUCUGUUUGAUAACUGUAGAUAGAUACGUUUGUAUCACGCACCCUUUAGGAUAUCAAAGCCUAGUUACGGUCAAAACAGCCUUGAAGGCCAUAAUUGCUUGUUGGUUGCUUUCGGUAGCAUUUGCCGCGGUGCCCGUCUUCCUCACACACAAAGCUGAUACGUUAUCCCCUGUAAUAACUUCAAGAGCGGUCGCUUGUAUUCCUCCCUUGCUGUUAGUGUUCACAACUUUUUUCUGCUAUUUCAAAAUGACAAGAAUUGCAAGACGACACUGGAUGCUCAUACGAGCGCUGGUCAGUGAUACCAACAAUCCGACAAAGCAAGAUGUUAAAAGCACCAGAACCACUCUUAUUAUGGUUGGUGUUGUUUUCCUCUGCUAUGUUCCUACAACAAGUGCAGUUUUAGGCUUGUACAUCACCAAGAACCUGGCGCUUCUCGAAGUCGUUCUGCCGUUUCUGAGCACUCUGACCUUCCUCAACUCGAGCAUAAAUCCUUUGGUGUAUUACGUGCGAUGCAGAAGAAUUCGCCGCUACGUCUGGAAGGUUAUAAAGCGUAAAUAA